AGCAGUGAAGGAACUUCGUUAUGUAGGUCCCUUUUUAUUGUAUUGACAUUACAGAACUCUCUCGUUAGCAUGUUCUUGUAGGCUACUUCAGCCUCUAGCGAGGAUCACAAACAAACAUAGUAGUAGUUUUCUCACAAAGAAUAACCUGGCAAACGUUAUAUCUGUAUAACUUGCCUCACAAGUCGUCCUUUGCGAAGCUCCAACACCUGUCGCAAAGUGAUGCAUGCGCAACUCACAUCUGCACUCAACUCACAUUGGGUAUUGACAAGGGCAAAAUAUUCAUCGCCAUCCUAUGAUUCACAAAUUCCCUUCCUGUGGUGUGUUUUUACCGUGGAGACGGCGCCUCUGCCAUCCACAUGAGGUCGAUGUUGCAGGCGAGCACGGGCAGCUGCAACGCCGCCGGAGCGUGCACACCAGCCGGACUCCCAUUGGUCAGCAGCACGUCAAUCAGCAGCUGCAGGUAGACUACACUACUGCGGUUUCAUCAGUCUACACAUCCAGCAUCACCACUCAGGAAUGAGACACACCCCUGUGUUACAGGUCAAGCAACAAUAUUUGGAGGAGAGGUGUGACAGAGCUCCACCCAUCACCUGAGACAAACCAGGAAACAGUUUGUUCUUUGUCCUCACUAAAGAGAGACAGACUGAAAAACAGACAAUCAGAUUCACCUUCAGACCAAACUAACAACUUCCUCUGAGUGAGUUCAGCUACAGGAGAGAAACGUGGAAAACUACCACACUGCUGCUUCAACCUGCUGAUUCUACACACAGUGAAGAGACUAAAUGGCUUCCAGAUCAGAGGAGGAUCUCUGCUGUCCGGUCUGUCAUGAUGUCUUUAGAGAUCCUGUUCUUCUGUCAUGUAGCCACAGCUUCUGUAAAGACUGUCUGAAGAGCUGGUGGACAGAUAGACCGAUCAGAGGCUGUCCAGUUUGUAAGAGAAGAUCUUCAAAGGAUGAACCACCGUUAAACCGGGUGUUAAAGAACCUGUGUGAGAGUUUCUUAGAGGAGAGAGAUCAGAGAGCUUCAGAGGCUCUCUGCAGUCUGCACUCUGAGAAACUCAAACUCUUCUGUCUGGACCAUCAGCAGCCAGUGUGUGUCGUCUGCAGAGAUUCAGAAAAACACUCCAACCACAGAUUCAGACCCAUCGAUGAAGCUACCCGACAACACAAGAAGAAACUUCAGGAAACUCUGGAGCCCUUAAAGAAGAAGUUAAAGGUUUUUGAACAAGUUAAAAUAAAGUUUGCUCAAACAGCAAAACACAUGAAGGUCCAGGCCCGACACACAGAGAGAAAGAUUAAGGAUCAGUUUAAGAAGCUUCACCAGUUUCUAGAAGAGGAAGAGGAGGCCAGGAUGGCUGCACUGAGGGAGGAAGAGGAGCAGAAGAGUCAGAGGAUGAAGGAGAAGAUGGAGGCUCUGAGCAGAGAGAUAGCAGCUCUUUCAGACACAGUCAGAGCCACAGAGGAGGACCUGAGAGCUGAAGACGUCUCAUUCCUGAUCAACUUCAAGACUGCAGUGGAAAGAGUCCAGCAGAGCCCCCUGCUGGAGGAUCCACAGCUGCUCUCAGGAGCUCUGAUAGACGAGGCCAAACACCUGGGCAACCUGAGCUUCAACAUCUGGAACAAGAUGAAGGACAUGGUCUCCUACACUCCUCUGGUUCUGGACCCAAACACUGCUGGUACAGAACUCAUCCUGUCUGAAGAUCUGACCAGUGUGAGACGAGGAAAGUAUAAGCAGCUUCCUGAUAAUCCAGAGAGGAUUGAUAAAUACGGCACUGUCCUGGGCUCUGAAGGCUUUAACUCAGGGACUCACAGCUGGGAUGUGGAGGUUGGAGACAGUGCAGGCUGGGCACUGGGAGUGUUAGCAGAGUCUGUCCAGAGGAAGGGAGACAUACGGUCUGGAUUUUGUUGCUUAGGAUUCGACAAAGGUAAAUACGUAUCACAGUCACCACCAGGCCCAGUCACUGAUCUUAAAGUGCAGAAGAAGCUCCGGAGGAUCAGAGUGACUCUGGACUGGAACAGAGGAAAGCUGUCGUUCUCUGAUCCUGAUACUAACAAUCACAUACACACCUUCACACACACUUUCACUGAGAGGAUGUUUCCAUUCAUUGACACUGAUGAUAAAGUAAAGAUAUUACCUCUGCAAGUCUGUGUGACUGUACAAAAAAAAUAAAUUAUUUUCGGGGUUUAUCUAAAAAGAUCAAACAGAUAAAAUCAGAAAAUUUGGACCAGAAAACUUUGUGAUUGACAGCAGCUUCAAAUGGGUUUUGGUGGUGGGAGGGGCUUCCCUUUGAUUAUAAAUGAUAUCUUUAAAGUGACGUUUUCUUUAAGAGGCUUUUCACUGUUAAACUUUAUUGACCAUGGAACGUUUAAACAUUUAUAACCAACAACCAUCUAUUAAAAGAAAACUGCUGUCUGAAUAUUUAAUGUUGAUGCAUCUUUUAGUCGGUUAUCUUAUGAAUUAAUAUGUUCACAGUGUGGUGAUUAACAUCCUGUAACUUCAACACAGAUUAUAAUUAUAACUCUGUUUAUUCCAGAUUAUUGAUUGUUGUUGGUGAAACUUAAUUUUACAGAAGGUUCUUUAGUUCAUGUUGU